AUGGCGCCGAGCACCUUCCCGCGCGCGCUCCUGGCCGUGUCCCUCGUUCUCCUGGUGGUCGGCGGCCUCGGGCCGGCGGCGGAGGCACAGCCGCCGGGGAGGUGCGUGCCGCAGCUGAACCGGCUGCUGGCGUGCCGCGCGUACCUGGUGCCCGGCGCGGCCGACCCCAGCGCCGACUGCUGCAGCGCGCUGAGCUCCAUCUCGCGCGACUGCGCGUGCAGCACCAUGGGCAUCAUCAACAGCCUCCCCUCCCGCUGCAACAUCGGACAAGUCAACUGCUCGGCUUGA